AUGGCAACGAGCUCAUCGCAGACGGUAUACGCCUUCCGACAAUACGGCGAUCAAGACAUCGAGCCGGUCGAAAAAGUGGCUUCAGUUCUUGACCCCCCAGUCUUCGAGAACGCUCGCCUCAUUUUCCCGGUGUACAACCACCGCCAUAUUAUCCAUUGGUGCACCCAGCUGGCAUCCGUGCUCAGCUUCCUCCAGGACCAACAAAUUGUCCACGGCGACCUGAAGCCGCAGAAUAUCCUGAUGAAAUACAAGCGACUCAGCAUCCGGGUGUGUGAUUUCGGGUCGGCGCGGGAUUGCGCGAGUUCGCGCGAGGUGUCUAAUUGGGCGCAGUCCCAGGAGCAGGCGUCGACGCGGCGCUCCUACACACCGCGCUACCACGCACCACAGCGCGGCAUUGGCAGUGGCGGGUUCAAGGACGACAUCUACAGUUUCGGGAUAAUUUUGUGGCAAUUGCUGACACGCAAGGAGCCGUACGAUAAAAUACCGGGCGAUGAGGUUCUGGCGCGCGUCGCCGAGGGCCUUCGCCCGCCCAUCGACCCUGCGAUGCCCGCCGUUUUUGAACAGAUUUUACUACGAUGCUGGGAUCAAAACAUCGAAGCAUGCUUUGAGGCCCCCCAACUGAGCUAUGCGAUGCGGCAGCUUGCUGACCGGUUUCGCGAUCCUCUAGAGCUCUUGGGGACUUUCGGCUACCGUACGCGACCAGAUCUCGAUCCCGAAUCCUGGGCCGGCACGGAGUUGAAGCCACUGGAGGGGUCGACGUUCAGCGAUCUGUCGACGAAGCAAUCCGGCCAAUCCGGCAGUGUGGAAGUCGAGUUGACCGGCAAGAUGUUUGAUGCGGUCGAAGGUUAUUGGGAUUACUGCCAGGAUUACGUGAACACGAACCCGCCCAAGAAGAGUUCUGGGAGAAUUCUGAAGAACGUCGCAACGUAUUGCUUCGAUACGAUUCACGAGCUCAGCCAUUUGCCCGACGAUCCGGACUUAACCACCUCGGUCAUCAAUCAGUUUCCUCCUCUGCUGCGCGACUUCGUGGCUCAUAUGAAGGAC